GAGUGUGAUUAUGGUCAUUUCUCUUCCCGGUAAUGUGGCCAGCAGGGGGGCAAAAUGUUCAACUUUUACCCACUAAAGCGUGCUUUUAGUCAGCUACUUAAUGUGUUGUGCUUCAGUGAAACCUAAAAGCAUCCCAGCGCGCGGACAGAAACUUUGUACGCAGGCAUAUCUAGUGAAACGGGUGCUGACUGCAGGCUGAACUGGCAACCGACGGUCCCGGGGCAGGUCCUGCCAUUACGUCGCCAAGAGUCCGGAGGCUGAGGUUUGUGUGGACAUUUCUGGGAAAGCCUCCAAAGCUCUGUUUUGCCAAGGAGAACCUGGGAAGAAGCACAGGCGCGUUUUCCUGUACAGACUCAGCGCAGGUUUCCAGCGAGGUUCAGACUGUGCGAAUCUCUGUCGUCGGAGGUUCCUCCUUCCUGCGCGCAGGAGAUCGUCCCACAGUCAGCUGGGAAUAAACAAUGCCCCAGGAUUAUUUUGACAGAUUAAGUUAUUAGGAUGUAAGCGUGAGUGUGUUUUGGAGUCCAAAUAUUUUCGGCGAAAGACUUCAUUCAUUUUCUCUGGGGGCUGAGGAAUUAUUUCAAAGUUUGGGAUGUUUGUAUAACAGAGAUGAUCUAUCACCCUGAUCUCCUGGGAUUAUACUGGUAAACGGAAGUGUUGCUGAGAUGAAGUUCUGGAUAUAAGUGUUUACAACAAACUCUUCUCUUAUUCGCCUUGUCUGUCAGUGAAGUGGACUUCCUCAGCAGAAGGCAUGCUCUGAAACAGAUCACUGGCAGAAUAUUACGCGCCGAUUCUGCACACUGCAGGCUAUGUGUUCAUCUGGAAUUCAUUGAUUAAACCUCAAAUGCGCUAAAGACGCGGCAGGAUCGCGGCUCCACCACUGGAUCCGUAUCUUUCCCUCAGUGAGUGUUUAGCCCACUUUAUCUGGAGUCUCGCCAGAAUGCGGAGAGCUUUUGUUCUCAGUUUAGCUCUGAUAUAUCUGCUCACCUGGACAGGCGAAGCCGACAGACAGACUCACCUCAAGCGGGUGCAGUUCCGCAGACGCUCAAAACUGGGACGUGCCCAGUUGGGCGCAACGGACAAGGAGCGCUUCGUCGGACGUGUGCGCCCUGGGUUUGGUUCGGCAAUUUCGGUGCACAGCUCCAGGAACGGGGAAGAUGUGCAGGCUGACGAGGGUGUUCCAGUUUCCGCCCGGACAGGGACUGUGCAGAGAAAGAGAGCAGGAGGUCAGGGUCUAGGGCCAAGGAGAGGGGUGGCCGGACAGAUUGGCUUACCCCGUCAGCCGAACAUGCUGCAAGAUGAGGGCACCCCAGGAGCGAGAGCCAGGGUCGCCCGGAUGCCCAGCAGCGCCGGGUCACCAAAUCUGCUGGCCAGUUUCGCAGGGAAGAACCGCGUCCUGGUGAUGUCGGCGCCUCAUGAUUCAGACGGCUAUUACCGACUGAUGAUGUCUCUUCUGAAACCUGAUGUGUACUGCGAGCUCGCCGAGCGACACGUCCACCAGAUCGUCAUGUUUCAUCAGGAGGGAGAGAUGGGGGGCAAGGUGAGGAGGAUCACCACGGAGGGGAAGGUGAUGGAGGAGCCGCUGGACACAGCACUCAUCCCCAGACUCAUGAGCUUUCUCAAACUGGAGAAAGGUAAGUUUGGGAUGGUGCUGCUGAAGAAGACCCUGCAGGUGGAAGAGCGGUACCCCUACCCUGUGAGGCUGGAAGCCAUGUAUGAGGUGAUUGACCAGUCACCCAUGAGGAAGCUGGAGAAGCUCCGACAGAAAGGCUUCGUCCAGAAGUGUAGAGGAGCAGGUGUGGAGGGUCAAGUGGAGGAGGGCCCAUUCACAGCAGUAGAUACACCAGUAGAAAGAAAGCCAGGGAAGAAGAUCUUCAGAAAGCCCACCACCACAACAACAACUACCACCACCACCACCACAGCAACUACAACCAGGCCCACCACUACCACCACCACCACCACCACGACCAGAGCAACAACAACCACCACCAAACCCACCACCAGAAGAACCACCACAACCACCACAAAACGACCAACCACCACCACCACUACCACUACCCAGAGACCAACCAGAGCCCACACCACAGCCCUAUGGCUCCCAGCCCCCAGAACCACUGCUGAUCCUUACUACUACAACCCCAGAGAGAGGGACAGGUACCCGGCUAAAACCACCUCGGCUGGAGAUAACCGCACUGACAAAGACAACAGAGAUCCACACAGCCGCAAGCUGGUACCUGGCACACAUAAACCCUCCAAGAUCAAACCCACCAAGAGGAAGAAUGGUGGAGAGAAGGUGUUGACUAAUGAGUACGAGGACAAGUUUGAACCCGGCAAGCCAACAGCCAGUGAUCCUGUGGAGACAGAAACCUUCACCGACAUCAGUCCUACCAAGAAGGUCAAGGGCAAGCACGAUAAGCACGACAAGAAGAGGAAAAAGAAUGACAAGGCCGCCAAGAAGGCAGAGAGGACAGGAGGAAAGGCAGGGAAGGAGGGGAAGAUCGGGGGAAAGAAAAAUGGAAAGAAGCUGUUAAAGUACCCUGAGAAAGAGGACUACCCAAAGCCCACUAAGAAGCCAACACCCCCUCCAAAGGGAGCUCUGGCCUCCUUCCUGGACUACUUUGAGAACAGGAGGCGGCUGCUGCUGAUUACGUCCCCCAGUGAGGAGAACAGUAUGUAUGUUCAGCAGAGGGACGAAUACCUGGAGUCUGUGUGUGAAAUGGCCAUCAGGAAAGUCUCCAUCAUCACCAUCUUUGGCUCACUGAUCAACUCUACCAUGAAAAUUGACCACUACCAGCUGGAAAAUGACAAGCCUAUGAAGGGUCUUCGUCAGGAGGACCUAGUGAACCAGGAUCUUAUCACAGAGCUGAGGAAAGAGUUUAGCAUGACACAUGAUGACUUCUUCAUGGUUCUCACUGACACCGACAUGAGAGUCAAGCAAUCCUAUGAGGUUCCCAUCGCCAUGAAGGCCGUAUUUGACUACAUCGACACCUUCUCCUCCCGCAUCCGGGACAUGGAGCAGCAGAAGAAAGACGGGGUUGUCUGUAAGAAAGAGGACAAGCCCAGAUCUUUGGAGAACUUCCUCUCCAGGUUCCGUUGGAGACGUCGCCUGUUCAUCAUCUCCGCCCCCAACGACGAGGAGUGGGCCUAUCAGCAGCAGCUCUACGCCCUGACCAGCCAGGCCUGCAACCUUGGUCUGAGGCACAUCGCCAUUCUGAAGUUGGUCGGCACGGAGCUGCUGGAUAUGGGCGGAGUCUUGGAACUCUAUCCUAUCAAUGGGAGUGCUACUGUGGAGCGUGAAGGGCUGUCAGCCACCCUGGUGAAGGACAUGAGGAACUACUUCCAGAUCAGCCCAGAAUACUUCUCCAUGCUGCUUGUAGGGAAGGACGGCAACGUUAAGUCCUGGUACCCUUCACCCAUGUGGUCCAUGGCUAUUAUCUAUGACCUGGUAGACUCUAUGCAGCUCCGCAGACAGGAAAUGGCCAUCCAGCAGUCACUGGGUAUGCGCUGCCCUGAGGACGAGUAUGGUGGUUAUGGCUACCAUCAGCAUGGAUACGAACACGGUUACCAGGAUGGCUAUCACCAGGGCUACGGUUACUAACUCCUCCCUCUGCCUUGCAGCUGGUACUUGGCAGUAUCGGCCCUCUUCCUUUCACCCAUAACCUUUUUUAAUCUUUCCUACAAUCCUCCACCAGGCAGUUGGCUCAGAUGGAGUGAGGUCCCUGAAUGUUUUGUAGCACUUAGUGAAAGCCUCAAAACUGUUGCUUUCACCUAUCCAGUUCUUUGAGAUAUAUAUAGCAUAGUAUGCUGCAAGUAAUGGUAAUUUUUGCAAGGGGCUUUAAUCAGAGCCGGUUAGUCAACAAACGUGUAGAUGAGCCGGGAGGUUCAGGGAUCUGUUGUGGACUUAGUUUUUGUUUUAUGGAUUUGUCAUUUCUGACUUCAAACAAAGAGUGUUUUGCACGUUAUUAUAUUAUUCCUCUCCUUCACUUGCAUUCCAGGUCAAAUUUACAUAGUCAUGUCAUCAGCACAGACCUUUAUUUUGUAGAUAAUGGGCUAAAAUAAGACAUAUAUGUAUUUAUUGGACAUCUGUUGCAUUUGUGCAGUUAUUGAUUAUUAUAUGAAAAUAAGCUGUCACAUUAUUUCUCUUUUGUAAAGUUUCUGUUGCUAUACAAUGUUCUUAUUUAUACUCUAUUGUGCUAUAUGACAAAUAAACAUUUGUUUACUACCA